AUGUCUACAGACCCCGACAUUGAGUUGAUCGAUUACAUCUGCAAGACGCUACUACUGGAUUAUGCCAUCAACACCGAGUUACUAAACAAUUGGCAGGUGGAGUUGACGGAUAAUCUUGAUGAGAUAUGCUUGAAUGAAGUUGUCAGUGAUGAAAUCAUCAUCGCUCCUCCUAUUAAGCACACAUCUACCCCACAAAUUAUCCACGAAGACACCUUUGUCCAAUUCAACCAUGUCUUGCAAGUCAUUGAGUCGCUAGAGGAUGAAAUAUACAUUGACUUCAAAAUAAUCAUCUUAGAGAUACUCUUGUACUUGACUAAUCAGACGUCAUAUGGAAUAAGAUACCAGUACAACAAGGCAAACAUCCACGAUUGUGUAAUUGAAUAUUUGAUUAAACUAUUAGGCAAAAAUGAAAUACCAAACCCCAUCAUACUUAGUCAACUUAAUAAGAUUUUGAUCAGCUUGUUUGAAUUCGGAAGUUCCGUGGAACUGGUUCGAAGAUUGAUCAUACCAAUGUUUAAUAAGUAUAGUGGUUUGUCAGCUACCUCCAAGCUAACUCUUUUAGACACAGUUAACCAAUUGUUCGCUUACUACCCUAGCCAGUUCGAUUUCUUCAUAUUCCAAGACUUCCAGAGAAAGUCCAUUGCAUUGCCUUUUGAAAUUGAUCACAACACUUCUCUGAAAUUGCUAUCGAUCAAUGGAUGGUUUAAGAUAAAGACUUCCAGUAAAUCAUCGUCAUCCAACUCAUCGCCUUCUCCAUCAUUAUCGUCAUCAACAUCUGCUGACUUUGAUAACGAGAAUACGAACACUUCCUAUACAUUAUCCACAUUAUUCACCAUAGCGUCUUCAAAUACAACGCUAGACUCUUCGUACCUCAAGGUACAACUAUUAAACAACAAACAGUUCAGGAUUGAACUUUUGAACAACAAAUCCAACUCUAGAAUGCAAUUCUCAUUUAACCAGCAGAUUCAGUUUAAACCUAAAAAUCAAGGUUUCACUCAUUUGACUUUUACCUACGAUGGAUAUAAGAACUUAAACUUGUUCAUUGACGGAGACUAUAGUGAGUCUAUUCCUUGCCCAGAAAUUUACAGAGUUAUUCAUACGUGGAACAAAAUAUACAUAGGUGAUAAUGAAUAUGAUGAAAAUGAAUUCAUAAAAAACGAGGAUGAAUUGCUUUUACGCCAGUUGACCGUUUUGAAUUUGGCACUUCCACCAGCUUGGAUAAAUUUACUAUACAACUUAGGGAUAGGCUAUAGCUGGGAUUAUAAACAGGUCACGAACGAAAACAUAUUCCACCUUUUAAAUCAAUUAACAUUUAGUGGACUAGUUAAUUUUGCAUUGAAGGUGAGAGAAAUCAGAGGUAGCCCGCCACUCUCUGAAAAGGACUCUCGCCGCCGAUUCAGAAACGGAACAAGUAAAAGGAAUGAUGAUAUGAGCAAUGCUGUAAAUGAAACUGAAAACGAGUCUGCAAGACCUUCCUCAAUGUCGUCCACAUCAGCUUCUUCUGCCGCUUCUGCGGUUUCUUACCCUGCAACAUCAUCCUCAUCCUCAUCAUCGGCAACAUCGUCGUAUAUCGACAUCAACUCUUUGGUCAACUUUUUGGCUGUGGAUAAACCAAGUCAGGAUAGUGUUUUGUUUGAUACAGCGGGGAACAUUGCACUCACUUCGAGCACAAGACCAACUUCAAGCUUGCUUUAUCAUUCUUCUUUAUCAAUUCAUACAUCACUUUUUGCUAUUGGUGGUACUCCUUUACUUCUUAAGUUGUCUGAAUUGAAUUCACGGAAGAAGAAGGAGAAGAAAGAAAAGCAAGUUGAAGGAUUUUCAAGCUCCUUGAAACUUUUGUUUUGCCUCCUCAAUACAAAUUGGAGAUUUGCUAGAGAGUUUGAAGACCUAAAUGGGUAUGGAAUACUCCUUUUACUCUUAAAUCAGUAUAGAGAACUGAACAGCGGUAAGAUAGAGCCUGAAAUUUUGAGUUUAUUGUUAUCAAGUUUUGGAAUUUAUGACGAGUUUGACUCCAUCAUUUUAAAUCCAAUUGGUUAUAGAACUUUGAUUUUAAAUGAUAUUUUUGUCAGAGAAGGAGGAGAAGUGAGAGAGAAAUGGUUUAGGCAUUUUGAAUUAUUGAUGAACAAAAAGGCAAGAUACUUUGAUUUUAACUUGAAUGAAAUUCAUAGAUUGAGAGUUUUGGGGAGAUUUAUCCAAAUUAUGAAAUGCAAUGGUCAUUGUCUUGAGCGAUUAAAGCCAUCGACCCCUCCCCACUUGGGUUUGGGUAUCAAUUCAACGGCACUUGAGAGACCUUCUACUCCAAACUCAAAAAAUGGUUUCAAUAUAGGUAACAACACAAGAAAGCAGCCAGAAAAUGUUUGGACAUCGUCGCCAACUUCUUCUGCUGCCCUAGCCUUGUUUGUACUUUUCGAAAAUGAUACUUCAAUUGAAUCCAUUAGGUCCCUUUCGCUCUAUACGAUUUAUUCAAUAUAUUUCUUCCAAACCCCACAGUUGUUAACUCUCCAAACAUUGACACAACUACUCACAGAAACUUCAUCGACAAAAGUAUUAAAGAAAUUCUCCAAAUCAAUAUCGAUACAUUGGAUUUUGUUACUACUUGGGUACAGCGAGAACAAUGCUUACUCAAAACAAAUCACCUUAUGUGGGUUACAGCUACUCAUUAAGCUAUUGACUGUAUUGGGACCAAACACGAUGCACAGGUUCUUCCAGAAUAAUCAUGGUGUGGAUGUCUUGACUCACUACUUGAAGGAUUGGUGGUCAGACGAUGAUAUUGUCAAAGCCAUUUAUAGGGCAGCAUUUGAUAGUGGAGGGAAAUUAAUAAUGCCAGAAUUCUUGAUGAUUUUGAAUAAUAUGGCCAUAAGUAGUGCAUACUCUUUAACGUCUCAAAGUAGGAUGUCUAGUCCUUUCACCAGCCCAAAAUCCCUAAAAUCUUUGAAUAAAGGAAAUGCGGUAGGCAUAGGAAGAGGAUCGAUUCCGGCCGCUACUCUUUCCUUUGAUUUAAUUCACUUUCUUAACCUUUAUUCCGACAUUUUGCAGAAGGGUUUUGAAGGAAAUAAUUCACAGCUACAUGAGUAUUAUCGUACCAAAAUAUGGCUAGAUGGAGUGCUUGAGUUGAUUGGACAAGUCAAAAUUAUUAAAAACAAAGAAGUUGAUAAAGAUUUGAGUUCUCAAUUUCAAGCAACUUAUUCCAAGCUUCGUGGAAUAGUUUCCUCAGUAUUUAUAAGUGAGAUUGAAAACCCUUCAAAAAUUUUUAAACUUUUCCGUUCAUUGAAAGAAUUCAGUAAGAAACUAGCUCUUGACGCAAUCUAUCCAAUAAUAUUUGAACACAUAUAUGAAUUCAUAAGUAUUUCAAAGUUGGAUGAGGAAUAUAAAAAUUUUAUUCAUGGCAGCAUUGAAUUGUUGAAUUUUUACCUCGAAGAGUAUUUGAAUCAAGGAUACGUGAUCGAGGCAAAAGAUUUAGAAGUUUUUAUCGACUGUUGCUUGUCUAUCAUUGAAAUAGAUUCCAAAAGGUCGUCAAAGUUGAUAAAUAACCUAGGACCUCUAAUCAUUCUUAAGAUAGCUCAAAAGGAGUUUGUGGGAAGUGGCGAUUUGGAGAUACAAUACGAUUCACUCAUAACGUCCUUAUUAUACAAAUUGGUACCCAUUUUGCAAGUGCUCAAACAGAAUAAUUUGAUUGAUUUUAUUACAAUCUUGUUAGGUAAUUUUUUAAAGCUACCCAAUGUUUCCCCAAGUUUGGUUAACAACCUUUUCAAUCUACUUCGUACGUGCUAUCUUUCAAAGCAAGAUCGUUUUGCCUCCCUAUCAAGUAGUAAUGUGGAUUCCGAUACUAAAGCAGUUAUUGAAUUUUUGGAGAUCCUUGCUACAAAAAAUGACGAAGACUCAUUGAAGUACAUACAAAGACAUUCAACACUUCGCCACAUCGUUCUCAAGAAUUUGCAAUUACUUAGGGGAAAAGUCAGCAAGGAACACCUCAAGUUAAAUGUCCUAGAUAUGGCUACUGUUAUUGGCGAUGGAAUGAGUUGGAAGAAUAAUGCUUAUGUUGAAUCUUGUCAGAGAGACUGUGAACUAUUGAAGGAAAAUAUCGUUGAAGACGAAGCCUUAAAAUAUAAUAGAUUAAUUCAAGAUCAACAGGAGAAUUUACAAUAUAGAAUCAGUAGUUAUCAUAACAUUGAAAUAGAAAUGUCAAGACUUGUUGAUAUUGACGCUUACGAGAGAGGAGCGAAAUAUGUUUUAGAUUAUAUUGAAGGUGCACAUAGAAUGAAAAAACGCAUGGUAGUUGAAGAUCAAUUGAGUGAAUCUGAAAAACUAGGAUAUAACAUGACAGUUCCAGUGAAGACGGGACAAGGAGAAGGUGGAAGCCGUCGCGAAAGUAUUGAUAGUAAGAUCUUUGCUCAAUCGUUGACUCUUAAUCCGAACAAGAGUGGCGUAAAUGGGCCCCAAACCCCAUUCAAAGGCGUAAAUCUUAAGUCUUCUGAUUCAAUCCUGUUAGAUGAGAUUGACUGGGAAGUCAUCGACGAGGAUAAUAAGCUGGUGAAUACGAUCCACCUGGAUGACUUCGAAAUGGUUGAAGACUUGCCAACAGACAAGAAUAGAAAGGUAAUUCGUUCGUUGUUUGUGGGUGAUCAUAUAGCCAAUUUGUGGAAUAUUAGUCAAAUAAAUGGCUUAGCGCCUAUUGAAAGCUUGAUGAUUUUAGGAAAUUCACACCUUUAUUUGAUUGAAAAUUAUUUCCAUAGUCUUGAUGGAGGUGGAGUAAUUGAAAUUUCAGAUGCCCCUAUUUCUUUGAGAGAUCCAUAUUUACAGCUAGUUAACAGUCAAUCCAAAGGAUCUAAAUCUACUUAUGCAGAUUCAGAUAGCAAUUCACAUAAGAGUAAAACUUGGAGCCUCGAUAAAUUGUCGUAUAUAACCAAACGUCAAUUUUUGUUAAGAGAAGUUGCGUUGGAGAUGUUUUUCAAUGACGGAGCAAGUAUUUUGAUAACAUGCCUUUCAACAAAGGAAAGGGACUCUAUUUUCAAAACUUUGAAUGGUAUUGUAAAUCAUAAUAAUCAUGAUAAGCAACAGCAACCCAUCAUCAAUUUACAGCUGCAACUACUGGUCAGUUCAUUUUCCAAAUUGUUUGGAGGUGGUGGCAGUAGUGGAGAUAAUAAUACUUCAGGUUCCAACUCUAGAAAUGGAGGAAAUGGAAAUGGAGCUUCGAAUAAUAGUAGCUUUGGUGGAAGUGGAGGUCUACUCGAUUUCUUGACUUCGUCAUUCACAGAUUCUCUUACACUUGCUACAAAUAAGUGGCGACAGGGAGAAAUGUCAAAUUUUUAUUAUUUAAUGAUAAUCAAUACAUUGGCAGGCAGGACUUUUAAUGAUCUUACACAAUACCCUGUAUUUCCUUGGGUAAUUGCUGAUUAUACAAGUGAGACACUUGAUUUAUCUAACCCUAAAACUUUCAGAGACUUAUCGAAACCCAUGGGUGCUCAAACUAGUGAUAGGGCUAAUCAAUUUAAAGAAAGAUAUGAAGCAUUAGCGGAAGGAGAUGUAUCGGUGAACCCACCAUUCCACUAUGGCACACAUUAUUCAUCCGCUAUGAUUGUAACUUCGUAUUUAAUUAGAAUGAAACCUUUCGUGCAAUCAUAUUUAUUACUUCAAGGAGGAAGAUUUGAUCACGCUGAAAGAUUAUUUAAUUCAUUAGAAAGAGCCUGGAAAUCUGCAUCCAAAGAUAACACAACCGACGUGAGAGAAUUGACUCCAGAAUUCUUUUAUCUCCCAGAAUUUUUAACUAAUCAUAACCAUUUCGAAUUUGGGAAAUUGCAAAAUGGUGAUUCUGUUAAUGACGUUCAAUUGCCACCUUGGAGUAAAAAUGAUCCCAAAAUAUUCAUUGAGAUGAAUAGAAAAGCUUUAGAGCUGCCAUUCGUUUCUGGUAAGCUACAUCUCUGGAUUGAAUUAAUAUUUGGUCACAAACAAAGUGGAAUAGAAGCAGUUAAAAAUUUAAAUGUUUUCCAUCAUUUAUCCUACAAUGGUGCAAUUAAUUUGGACAGCGUGAAAGACGAAGUUGAAAAGAGAGCAAUUAUAGGAAUGAUAAAUAACUUUGGGCAAACCCCUAGAAAAAUAUUCAAUAAACCACAUCCAAUGAAGGACAUAUUAAACAUCCCGAAUUAUUACUUGACCACUCCUAGAAGUUUUGAAGCUAAAAUUAUCUUUGAAUCCAAAACAAGAUACAGCCCUAUAGACAAACUUGAGAAAUCCACAAAAUCAAGAAGACUGAACAAUGGUAAUGGCUGGAUUGGAAGACCCAAAUUUAUCACUUGUGAAAAUGAUUUAGUAAUCAGAAAGGCAGCUUGGGGCUCAGGAUCAUUGAUUGUAAACAAAACUGUCUUCUUAAAUGUCCACCUGGCUAAUAUAACAAGUCUCAUUCAGAUUGGAUAUAGGACGAUAUUGGCAGGACUGCAAGACGGGCUUAUUAACGUAUGGAGACACAAUAAGAAAAAUAACGCUUUGGAAGUAUCUGGAAUUUUACGUGGACAUAUUCAACCUAUUAAAGACUUACAAUGCAGUAAAACGUAUAAGGUUGCAGUUAGCUUGGAUAUAUCUGGAACAGUCAUGUUGUGGGACUUAGCAAGGUUAAAAUUCAUCAGAAGAUUUAUUAACGGAAACCAACCAGAUUUUAUUUCCAUUUCCAAUGAUACUGGUAAUAUAUGUACUUUGAAUAAGUCUGGAGCUUUGGUUCUCUAUACCAUCAACGGAGAUGUAGUGGUAUCUUCCAAUUUACAGUUGGAUCAGAAUCUUACUUACACUACUAUCAAAUUUGGAAGUUGCUCGUUUACGGGCCAGGAUCAUAUAUACUGGUCUUGUGAGUUGAUUGGAAUUGGUCGAAGCGAUGGUGUAAUUGAAAUCUACUCUCUCAGCUGUGAAGAUGGAAAAUGGGACUUUAGAAAAAUCAGCCAAUCCCAAGGAAAGAUUUGCCUUGGAACUCCGACUGCAUUAGAAGUGCUACAAUAUACUGAAAUUGAUCCUGACGACAGGCUAGCAAGAGGAGAAGUUAAUGUCAUUAUUGGAGACUCUACUGGUAGAGUGUAUGAGUGGUAA